UUUAGUUAUUAAGUCAGAGCUAUGAAGAAUCAAUAUUUCUCAAAUGAAACCCGGAAUGGAGUAGCUGUUAAUGCAUUUAAAGCCGGUAAGAAACUAUGAGAAAAAUAUUUUACAAAUGAUAUGAAAAGACCCAUGACAGGUUUUGAUAAAAGACGAAGAGCAAGAGAAGCGAGAACUAGAGAUAAUUUUACAGGAGCGAGGACAGAGAGACAUAAAUUCUCACAAAAGCAAAUGAUGUUCUUUGAUGUAGACUUAGUUAAAAUCAGAGAAGAAGGACAUAUCAGGCCAAUGACUGGAGUCCCUGUUAAAGCAAAAGAUCCUAAAACUGGUAGAAUAAUCCUUCAGAGAAAAUUAGUUGAAAAAAGAGGUAUCCAAUCAGCUAUGAGACUUAAAAGAAAUAAGACAAGAACUAAACUCAUCCAAAAAGCAAAAACUGAGAUCGAAACUAAUGAUCAAAGGCAGUAUAAGAAAAUCCAAAAAAUAAUGAAAGCAAAGAAGAACUUUUCAAAGCAUAAGCCCUUAAUAAUUGAGAAAUUUGGGUACAUUAAAGACCAAGCUUUUAGAAUGAAGUAUGAAUAAUGAGCAUAAAUAUCUUAAUAGAAGAACUC